CGCCCCGGUCUUGCUACACUCUCUCCCCGCGACUCAGCAGCAGCAUGUCUGGCAGAGGCAAGGGCGGGAAGGGGCUCGGCAAAGGGGGCGCCAAGCGCCACCGCAAGGUGCUGCGCGACAACAUCCAGGGCAUCACCAAGCCGGCCAUCCGGCGCCUGGCGCGGCGCGGCGGCGUGAAGCGCAUCUCGGGGCUCAUCUACGAGGAGACGCGCGGCGUGCUGAAGGUCUUCCUGGAGAACGUGAUCCGCGACGCCGUCACCUACACCGAGCACGCCAAGCGCAAGACGGUCACGGCCAUGGACGUGGUGUACGCUCUCAAGCGCCAGGGGCGCACCCUCUACGGCUUCGGCGGCUAAAAGGCCUUUCAUUUCCCGGACCAUCUCGAGAACCCAAAGGCUCUUUUCAGAGCCACCCAUUUACUCCUUGGAAGAGCUGUGGCAUUGUUUCCUUUGAAAGGACACUAGAAGCAUCUGCUAUCCGACUUCCAAAAUGCAUUUAGACUGAUGGCUGUGGUGUACUGCUGAAAAGCUUUGUACUUCAAUAAGUGCGGUCUUUACCAAUGAAAUUAAAAUUAAAACGUUAAGUUGUCUUUGCUUUGUAAAAAGAUGGGGUUUUUUUUGUGUAAUUUUUAGUUUCCCCUGCGAAUGUUGUACCCGCAAAAAAAAUAAUUGCAAUGCUCUUUGUAAAUGGACCAGUGUUAUCUUUGCCUUUUAUUUAGUUUUCAGCGAUAUAAGUGUAAUUAUCUUGACCAUUUAAUGUCUUGUACUCCAGAAUUGUCAUUUAACUGAGAGUAGAUAAUCCACCGCAUGGAAGAAGGGGAAACCAAUUUAUGACUAAGGAAAAAUACUGAAGUUGCUGUGAGAUUAAGGUAUUUCUGCUAUUUCUAAAUAAAUUUUACUACACUCA